AUGGAUUUUCUUGCAUCUUUUGAUAAAUUUGGAGCAGUCUAUAAACCCAAAAUAAAACAAGAAUAAAAGAACUAUCAGACAGUGCUGGGUGGAAUUAUUUCGAUAAUGAUAUAUUUAGUAAGUUUCAUAUACUUUUGUUACAAAAUCUAUUAGUUUGGAAAGAAUGAAGUUAACCCCAUCUAAUCGAUUGCUUAUGAAUAUACUUAAAAUUUAACCAUGAAUAAUAAGGGAGAUUUUUUAACCUUCGAAGUUCUUGGAACUGAGAUUAACCCUUUCAACAGGACUGCCCAAAUUCUUGUCCCAAUGAUGAUUUUCUAAGGAUCUGAUGUAAUGCAGACAUAAGGUAAUAUAGUAAUUGAGCCUAGCAUUUUUUACUUAAGAUGACGUAUACAAUAAUGGGGAGGUCGACUUUGAAACUCAAAAAUACACUCCUAAAAAUAUAAGCCUUUAAAAUGGUAUUGGAGGAGAAUAUCCCCAUCGAAUUUUGAUUGUUUUGCAAGUGUGUGAUCCAAAGGUCCAGAAGAAUUGCGCUGAUGAUGCCCUAAUUGAUUCCUUUUUUGAGUACUCCAUUAUGAUUAUACCAUUAGCUAAUAUAAUCUCUUGAUUAAGACAACUGUUCAGACUGAGUAAUACAAUUCAUUUCAGAGAAUUAUAAACAACAUGUCUACAGAGUUGAUAUUUGCUAUUGACAGAUCAACAACUUUUUAUCAAAGAUUGAUUAUGCAGGCUCAACUCUUAGAAAUCGAUGAAGGUCCUCUUCUCCCUGCUUACGACUCUAAAUGGAUUUUUAGUGAUCAAUUAGUCCAGACUUAAAGCUUAGGGUAAAGUUUUAAGAGCAACUUUCCUGCAUUGUUUAUCACAGAGCUUUCUAUGUCCUCUGUAACCUAAAAAAAGGUUGUUUAGUAUAUUAAGGUUUCCCAAGUUCUGGCUGACGUAGGCUCUAUAUUUUCAAGUCUUAUGCUCUUCAGUAUUAUAAUCUCUUCUAUCAAUGAAUUUUUAAUGGAACAAGAACUUAUUAAACAAGUCAUUGAGAUUUACUAUCCCUAAUUCUCUAAACUUGAAUUCAGGCGACUAUUAAAUUUUGGUCCUAUAUCAGAAGUGAGAUUUGAAGGGAAAAAAGUAGAUCUAGAUUAAUUUUAAAAAUUCUAUGAGAAUGCUAAGACAAUUGCUAAGAAUAAACUAACUGUGCACAAUAGCAUAUAUUAGACAUCGAGAUUAUAGUUUGCUGUUCAAGGGUUGAUUGCACGAGAAGUCUUGAAAAAAUUAAAAUCCUAGGGGAUUAAAUUAAAUUUGAAUUAUGAUAACAAUUUCAAAUCUCCUCGUGAAAAUUAAGUUUAAGUAUCUAAAUCCUCGGUUAUAGUAUAUCAGGAGAUAGAAGAUCAUGUAAAUCUCCAAUUUACAGAUGGAGAUUUUAAUCUGUUUGAUUAAGAGGAGUUUAGUUAGAAUGAAAAAUAAAAAAUAAAUGAAGAAAACUAAGAAAACUAAGAGUAACUUUGA